UUCACGGAUACAUGUAGUGAAUGAGACACUGGAAAAUUUGUAAGAAACUAACAGUAACAAAAUACUACUGUACUAACAUAGUGUGGUGUAAACAACAUAAAAUGAACUGAAAUUUUUUUUAAUGUUCUUCAGAUAAAGAAUAUUGGAAGCAUGUACUAAUUCAAGAAUGUGCUAAAGAAACCAACAACCAAAAAGACAGAUAUCUUUGAAAGGUGCAACCAGAUAAUCACAUCUCUUAAGGAGGUUAAUGUAGUUGUUACAGUAGUGUUUGCAUAUGCAUUAAAAUCAACACACAGUAUUAAUGCAUAAUAAGAGUUAGGUUUCAGUACCAGAGCAAUUACUGCAAAUCUUGAAACUUACUGCGAUAUGUAAUUUUUUUGUAACUCCAGAAUACAAGUCUUUCCAAUUUUAUGAAAGACAACUACUACUAAGAGCCUUGGAAAGAAAGCGGAAAAAAUGGUGUUCACGACAUUCUAUACAUUUUCCAAAAGUUCACAAAAAGAUUUAUCACAAUUAGAAAAACUGUUUGUGUUUCUGUUAGUGAUAACUAGUUGCAUGUUAAUAGCUAUCUAUGGCUAUCAAAAUUUUAUCACAAAUAACUCAGCUUCAAAACUGAAGAUAGUUUACGUAAGCAAAGUUACCCCUUCAGUGCAGGAAUAUGUCAACCAAAAUUCUGUGACCGUAGGCUCUAAAGAUGCCAAUGCUGAUGAAGUGGUACCUGUUAUAAGGAUAUCUUUCAAUGUAUCUCAAACAGUCAAACAAAAUAUCCAAGGACCAAGCGCAGCACAACUGCAAACAUUUGCAAACCACAGCAAAUCUGAAGUUAUGAAACAAAUAACUGUAAAAUCAAGGAAAGACAAUUUUAAAAUAAGAACAGAAUCAAGAGAAGAGGAAUCACCCUUGCAGUCCCUAACAAUGAACAACGAUAAAUGUCUUAGAGUGCCAAAACUUCACAUUCCAAAGGUGGAUUUACAUGAAUGCUCAUCACACCAUGUUAUCAUCCAUGAUGGAGGACGACUAGGCAACAAAAUGUGUCAGUACAUUAGUCUGUAUCUUCUUCGUCACAUCUUUGGAAUACGGGUUUCAAUAACAGAAAGAAUGAAAUCAACUUUAAGUCUGUUCUUCAAAAAUAUCUCACUUCCUGUUCAAGAUUUCAAAUGCUUCACAAGGAAUACAAAGCGAAUAAUGUAUGAUGACCUUUACAACAUGCUCCACACUGAAGCUUUGGAACAUUUUAAGAGAAGGGAUAAGGGAGCCAAUAUGAAUCUACUAAAUGAGUCUUACUACAUAUUCCAUCACCCAUGUCCAAGAGACGUGAUCACUGCUCACAGGAGUUUAGUUCGCGAAGUCUUAACCUUUCAAGAUGAUGUGAUGAAAAGGGCCAAAAGGAACGUAAAGAGAGCUCUAAAGUAUAAAAAUAGAUCAUGGCAUAAUUCCACUCUGGUGACUGUUCAUGUGCGCAGGAGAGAUUAUACAAGAUAUAUGAUGAAGCACUAUAAUUUAACUCAAUUAGAUGAAGUCUAUUUCCAAAGGGCUUUUAAUUUCUUUAGGAAAAGGACAGAUAACCCAGUAUUUGUUGUUGUAAGUGAUGACCAUGGGUGGUGUCAAGAAGUUCUUGAAACCAGUGAUGUGGCAGUAGCAGGCACAAAAAAGGAUCCAAUAAUAGACUUGGCUGUUCUGUCACUAGGUGACCAUCACAUCAUUAGCUAUGGAACUUUCAGUUUUUUGGGAGCAACAUUGGGCCAUGGUACCAUUGUACAUCCAGUCACUGACAACAAACUGUAUGACCACUACAACUGUGUUGACGAUAACAUCUUCCAACCUAUAUCAAGAGAUAAAUAUGUAACUAAGAAGGAGAAAUGAAUUUUGCUGAUGUAAAUACAGUGUAUUCACUUUAAGCUGCAGAAAAAAAUGAAAAUCUACCUGGAAAUGACUUCCAAGGAAAUUUUAAUAAAGUACUGUGUGUAUUGUCUAUAAUAUGAAAUAUGAUCUAAACUCCUACUUACAUAUACAGUAGUACCUCGAGAUACGAAAGGCUCAACUUACGAAAAAUCCAAGUUACGAAAGCCAAUACGAAAAAUUUUACUGCUCUACAUACGAUAAGUUUUCAAGAUACGAAAGGUUGUUGCUAUAAAGUCCCGAGAUUUGCCCGGACCACCGAGAACAAUUUUAAAACUCCCGCGCCGCCAACUGAGUUAACUCGCCACCAUCCUCCCGCUCUCCCAUUGGUUCCUGAUGCUAGUCACCCCAUAAGGUCCUGCUCUCCUAUUGGUCAGCAUCUACCCCUUGUGCUUUAAGUAUUCUAUUGGUAAAAGGUUGCUGUAAAUUGAAAAACUUAGUAUUCAUGCAAUACAUUUAAUAAAAAAAAGAACAUUAGAUAAAGAUAGAAUAAAGAAUAGAAAUGAAUGGUUAUUAUACUGUUUGGUAGUUUCAGUAGUUGAAGAGAGAUAAUGAAAAUUUAUGGCUUACUGUGUAAAAGUGAUUGCUUGGCGAUCGUUCGAUACUCGUAAGUGCUAGAUGUGAACAGACGUUUGGAAGCUUUUUUUUGUUUGUUUAUUAUAGUUAAUGGUUACUUAAUAAUUAUUUGAAAUGAGUACAUGCAAUACAUUUAAUAAAAAAAAUGUGAAUUAGAUAUCAUAAAAUAUAAAAUAAAUCAGACUGCCAACAAAUACGCAUUUUUUAGAAUUCUUCUUCUGUUUUAUUAUUACGUUACGUAUACGUAUUGCGUAUGUUUCAUUAUAGCUGUCAGUAACUCGGUAUCUCCGUUAGGUAAAGAUAGAAUAAAGAAUAGAAAUGAAUGGUUAUUAUACUGUUUGGUGGUUUCAUUAGUUGAAGAGAGAUAAUAAUGACAAUUUAUGGCUUACUGUGUGCUAGGAAAAAUGAUUGCUUGGCGCUCGUUCGAUACUCGUAAGACGCGUAAGAGCUGAGAAUGUAAACAAUCGAUUGGAAGGUUUGUUUUUUGUUUGUUUGUGUAUUAUAGUUAAUGAUUAAUUAAUAAUUAUUUGAAAUGAGUACAUACUGAUUAUUUAUACAUUUUAUUGGCAUAUUCUAAGCUUUUAGCUCUUAGGUUUAGAUGUCAGAAUCAUAGACUAGGCUACAGUAGCAACCGCUAACAUAGGCUAGGCUUAUUGCUAAGGGACAUAUGCUAAAGUCCUAAUAUAUGCAGUAAAAAUGGGGUUGAACAUUACAUGCAGUUGAAUAUUACUCAAGUAUGUACAGUAUUUUGCCUUUUUGGAGUAAUUUCUUCCGUCGUAACCCUAGAACAUGUGUUUUAGGCCUGGAAAUAUAAUUUACUGGGGUGUUUUUGGAGGGCUUGGAACGGAUUAGCCAUUUUACAUGUAAAAUGUGUUCCAAGAUACGAAAAACUCUUGAUACGAAGGCCGUCUCGGAACGGAUUAAUUUCGUAUCUCGAGGUACCACUGUACUAGCCCUUAUAACCUACCUUUCAUAUUAUCUUGGUUCUGAAUAAGUGAACAGUAACUACAAAGAAAACUAUUCAGACUAAAGUAGUGAUUUAUCAUCAAUGCUACGUGAAAUAUUUUGAAGUCAAAUCUAUCUGUCAUGACUUGCUGAUAUUUAGUAAUACAUAGAUAGUAAUCCAAACUGAAUUCUGUAGCUGUUCUCCAACAUACAACCAUUAUUUUACAACAGCCUUAUCUACAAUUACAGACAUCUCCAGACACAUUCCAGAGGAUGAACCUUUCUGAGUGUGCAACUGAGUCUUUGAGUGUCCCUGGUGAUUAAAAUUUAUAUUAUGCAUGUGUUUUUUUUUCACUUGCAUUCUACACUCCUCCAUAGGGGGGCAAACACUGGCAAAAUGGCAUUAAAUACAAUGCUGAAAGCACACAGUUCUCCUCUAAAGACAUGUCUUCCCUUAAGACUGGACGAAAUAACUGCUUAUUCUCACACUAAGAAUUUUGUCUUUUUCCUCCUUUAAUCCUUACUCCUAAAAAUUUAUGUUUAUUACUUAACAUCUCUUGUAGAGUUAAAUACUGUAUGGAAGAGCCCAUGCAAACUUAAUGAUAAACAACAAAACAACAUCUGUCUUUCCACUUUUCCUCUAUGACGGAGAAAAAUGGCCUAGGCAAUUGCAUUUUCUUGUUGUUGCACUGCCACUUGCUCCAAGAGGAGAUAUUAGUCAGUUGCUAUGAGAACAUGUCUGUCUCAGAUGCAGCCAAGGUAAAGUGAAUGUGUACCCACUGGAUGGCGGGGAUUAAUCCCUUAACAUUAGUAGCCAACCAAUAUCUACCUUGCUUUUAGUUAUAUGGCCAGCUCCAGCUUGUGCUAAAAGUAAAAUCUCUUAUGUAAAGGCCAAGGGUUUGUAUACGUGUAGGAAUAAUAUCAUUUUCUAUUCUAAAAUUCUUUCAAUGUUCUUCCUCCAGCCAAUUCCAGCUGCAGCUGGUUCAAACUAUACAAACAGAAUGAGCAGCUUUCAGCAUCAGGGGCACUGAGGGACCCAGAUGAAUGUUCAAAAAGUUGAAGUAAGACUUCUCUUUCUGGGAUAUGGCCGGAGAUGACUGCUAACAUAAAGUGAUAGGUUUGUAACGGGAAAAAAUUAAACAUUUCUAGUCUGCUGCAAAAAUAUGCAGCAACAUACAGCCCAAUAAAAUCUAUUCAUAAAUAAUAUCUACCUGUACCCUAAAUAAAUAUAGGCCAUCUGAUAUUUCAGGCAUACUACAAUUCAUAGAAAGACUUUUCAUGCAUAAAGUUUUCACUUCUGGAUGCUUCAUUAAUUUAAUCUUAUAAAUGUACGUACUUUCUGAAGUAAAACAAUCAUUGUAAUUACUGCACAGUAUAUUAAGGGGGCCGGCCGGCUAAUGCCAUUUGUUAAGGACAUGACUUUGAUAUUCAUACCACUUGAAAAGGUGACUUGGGACAUCUCCAAACCGCAUAUGAUUUUCGCCUCUGACCUUCGGUUUUGUGACGCCAGGGCGAUUUAUCCCGAAAAUAAAAAUUUUUCAAAUUCUAUCUCCUCCCUUGAUAUUUAAUAUUAAGACCUAGGAUUACUACCAUAUAGACCUGAUGUAGACCUCCAAUCGAAUGAGGAGUUUUUCUUUCUAAAAGUCAUUUUUUUGCCAGAUAUGAAUUUUUCAAUAUGGUAAAAAAAUAAACCCU